GAACAGACCCAUUGUCUUUUUUCUUGAAGGCAUCAAAAUGCGAAACUGGAAAACAUACUAAUAUAUCCUUAAUUAUAUUUCUCAUUCGUAUUCCUAAUUGACAAUUUAUGAUAGAGCAUGGAUACGCACCAAGUCGCGAUUUAACCGACAGUGAUUGUCAUUGUGUUUCCUAUUUUUGAAAGAAACGAUUCUAUUGUAUGGAAAGCGUCCAACGAGAAACACUAGCAUAGCCUCUCUCAGAUUUCUCGAGGCUUCUCACUUUAAUAAUAACUAAAAAUAAUUUUUUCAUCAUUGAAAACACAACGUUACUUUGAAGGUGAAGAUUUUUUACAAACGUUCCAGUUAUGAGUUUUUCCGUGUAUGACUCACACGUGGCUUUGUGCAACAACGAACGCGUGAUAAUACACAAUGUUGACAAUAACAGCGAAAAUGUGAUAGCCUUGCCCGAUUUGGAAACAAACAGGAAGAUAGACGUGCAUAAUAAUGUGGAUAUCGAGACUUAUCACAUGAUAACAUCCGUAAUGUUCUCCGAUGAUGGAAGGUACUUUGCAGUGUGCACGAAUCGCAAGCAGUUGUGCUUGUACGAGACGGGAAACUUAAGGCUUUUGUCAAAUCGAACGCUCGCCAGAGCCGCGAGCAAAGUGAGAUUCUCUCCAAACAACGAUAUCAUAGUUGCUGACAAGGCUGGAGACGCUUACCUGUUCUCCACCAGUUUGCCAACGGAAAGUGGAACUUUGAUCUUGGGCCACUUGUCGAUGCUCCUCGAUGUACUCAUUACAGAGGAUAUGAAAUAUAUCUUGACAACCGACAGGGACGAAAAGAUCAGGGUUUCCAUGUUCCCGAAUUGCUACAACAUUAUGUCUUACUGUUUAGGACAUGAAAAAUUUGUAACAAAUAUAUCGGAAUUGCCUCACAAGAAGAAUAUCUUAAUAUCGUGCGGUGGUGAUGGAGUUUUAAAAUUAUGGGAUUAUAAAUGUGGAACUGAACUGAUAUCUGUGAAUUUUAGUGAUAAAAUACCCAAAUGUGACAUUGAGAAAUUUAAUCAAGAUCUUCAAGACUAUCAUUAUGAAUCUAUAGAUAUAUUGCCUGUUAAACAUUUAAGAGUAUCUUAUCUUAGUAAGAUAGAAUCUCUAGUUAUAAUAAGCUUUUAUAGUAGUAAAGUACUAUUAGUUUUUAACAUUACUAGUAACACUAAAACACAGUUUGACGCAAAUUAUUUGGAAUCCAUAACUGUUGAAGGUGAACCUAUAGAAUGUCUUUUACACAAACAAGAUUUAUGGAUAUUAAUAGAUACAGGACUACAAGUAUAUAAAUUUGAAAACAAUAGGUUUGUAAGUCAUAAUACUUUAAAUCAAGCACUUAAACAUCUUAAUAAUUCUUGGGAAACUCUGAAAAAUACUAUUGUUAAACAAAAUUUGUUCCCAAUUUUAUAUAAAAGAAAAUAUGACAAUGUACAAGAAUAUUUAGAAAGAAAAAAAAUUCGACUCACCAAUAAUAUAGAAUAA